CUCCAUUUUGAUUCACAAAUUGGUGUGCCACCAACAAUGGGCCACACAUGAUGUCUCUGAUUUCCUGAUUUCCCAAUGUUUUAGCUAUUGUUUGUAAGAUUUCAUAUUAUAUUUGCUAAUACAACCUCGUGCAUGUAGUGGCCAGAGGCUUGCUGUUUGCUACGGUGAAAGACAUUGUCAUGUGUAUAAAGCUUCUUUCAAGCCUGAGGUGUUCUGAGUUUGCUCAGUCUGUUUAAGAGCAGAGGGACUGUUUGGAGAUCUCACAAAACUGCUGCGGGGUGGUCCUGUGAGAGAGGAGGAGGACAGAACAGAAAUGGGAAUGGACACAAAGAGGAGAAUUUCUUUAAAGAGCAGACACUUCCCCUGUAGGUGAGACACAGAAGGAAGCAUUCAGUUCUAGGAGAGGAAGAUGUUGAGGGAGAUCAAGAUAAAACCAUGGAUACAGAGUGACUUACAUUCUUCCUUCAAAAAGACAAUCUGAAAACAGAGAGAGACAAAGUGAAUCAUCACAGAAGAAGGGACUGGACGCAUUUAAUAACAGAAGCAGAGACAAACCCUCAAGAAAAGCAGUGAUAUCUCACAGAAAUCGAAGAGGAUUGAGGAAGAAGGAAAAGUCACUGACACUUUCAGCUCAUUUGUGGGAAACUUCUAAAUAUAGAACAAACAAGAAUCUAGGGGAAAGACAAGGAUAUAAAGGUCAUUCAAUCAUCAGUUCAGAAAGAAGCGUGAAAACUAUCACUGUGCCAAACCAUUCUACCCUUCUAGAUCCCUUAAAAACUCAGAAGAAACUCUCAGUUCUGUCUUUCCUGCGCAUGUCAACCACUUGCUUUCUGCGGUAGGUGCAAGUGUGUGGCUCUCAGAUGUCUGGGUCUCUGCCCUUGCCUUCACCCUCUCCCUUUCCCUCAUGUGACUACAGUGAAUGGUCUCCAACUUGGGUGCUGAUUCCGAGUGUGUACCUCUUGGUGUUUGUCGUGGGCUCCCUGGGGAACGGCUUAGUGCUAUGGGUGUACCUGGACCGCCGAGUGAGAGGCCGCGGGAGAAUUGCCAGCUGCUCCAAAUCUUCCCAGACCUCCGAUCCUCCUCCUUGCCGCUCCCCCACAUCUUCUCGUUCAGUGACAGAGUCUUUAAUAGCCAGUCUAGCAUUGGCUGACUUGGCCUUCGUCAUGACCCUGCCUUUGUGGGCGACAUACACAGCGCUGGGCUACCACUGGCCCUUUGGCCAUAUUCUGUGUCAGGUGAGCAGUUACAUCGUGGCACUGAACAUGUACGCGAGUGUGUUUUCUUUGACUGGGCUUAGCGUGGAGCGUUACUGCGUCAUCACACGACAGCGUGGCUCAAAGCAGGGACGGUCAACCACACGUGCCAAAUGGAUUGUGGGUAUUGUGUGGCUGGCGGCUGGAAUCCUGGCACUUCCUGCUCUGCUUCUGCGGACUGUUAGGGAACUGGAUUUGGAUAUGGGAGCUGAUGGCGAGAGGCAGGAUGGACAUGCGUCCUCCUGCUUGUGUGAUAUGGACUACUCCAGUUUGAUCUCAAGUGAACUUGACCCAGCAGCUUCAGAGCAGGCAGAAAUGAUGUGGUCAGCAGCUUUGGGAUUAAAAUCAACUCUUCUUGGCUUUCUGUUACCUCUUGUAGUGCUUCUGCUCUGCUACGGCUGUCUGGGGCGUCUCCUUUCUCAACACUUCAGCCUAGGCGUGCGUCCCGAUCAUACGCGCCAACGCAGGCUCCUCCGCAUUAUCAUCACCCUUGUGCUGGCCUUCUUCUUCUGCUGGCUACCCUUCCACACCAACAAGACACUCUCCGCUAUGGUGGAACUGGGCAUCCUUCCCUUUUCCUGCAGUUUUGACCAGUGGUUGGUGGCAGCCCAUCCAUACUCCAUCUGUCUGGGCUACAUAAACAGCUGUUUGAACCCUAUGCUGUACGCUUGCUGUGACCCAGCACUCCGAAAGCACUGCAGCGGUCUGCUCAUGUGCGUAUGGGUCAAAUGCAGAGGUCAGAAGGGAGGAGAGGAGGAACAACGCAAGAGUUCACCAAUACCAUCUGGGACACAUGAAGUGACAGUUAGUAGAGAUGAGCAAUGAAGAAGAAAACAGAUUGAUGUGGCAAACAGGCUGGUGAGACUGAGCUGGACCAUUUCUGUGGAAAAUUCCUAAACAGGACUGUGAGAAUCGGAUUAUUAUUUCCCAUUCAUCUGUGAGAUUUAGCAUGAACUUCACCCCCUCAAGAAAACAAGUUGCCAGCAUAGUGUGGGAAUUGAUAAACAGACAGGAUCCAGUGAACGUUUUCCCAUGACAUUAUGCCAGAAAGAAGAGGAGCUUUAUAUUAAAUACACUUGCACCUCCCAUCAAACUGAUGUAACUCAACUGUAAUGUGGGCUUGUUGCUGAAUUAUGAUCAGCUACAGUAUGUUAUUUGCCCUUAUAUGCAAUAUUUUUUAUUACAUGUAAAAUAAAAUUGAGAGUCUAUUUAGUCAUAUCAAUGACUUUCAGGGUCAGCAGGCAUGCAUUUUUGUAUGUAUAAGUGUAAAUUUGUAAAAAAUCAAUUUUGAAAAAAGCAAAAAAAAAAAAAAGAAAAUAAUAAAA